UAACACGAGAGUCGUAUCGUCUCCGGUACUUCGUUUGCAGAAACUCUUUUCGAAGACUUCUCUAUAUAUACCCGAUUUCGUUCCAUUUCUUCCCACUCUGUAAGAAAAUCCCCAAUUUUAAGAUUUCAAGAUCGGGACUUGGAGCUGUUUGGAUUCUGGUUGCUGAAAUCAAAGAGGAUUUUAACAAUGGCGGGUGAUUCUCCCAAUGGUGUUCAUAAUUCUGCAUCCAAGCCGCCUCCAUGCCCAUCUCCUUUACGAAAUUCCAAAUUUUUCCAGGCCAAUAUGAGAAUUUUGAUAACUGGUGGCGCUGGGUUCAUUGGCUCUCACUUGGUGGAUAGGUUGAUGCAAAAUGAAAAAAAUGAGGUGAUUGUUGCUGAUAACUUCUUCACUGGUUCAAAAGACAACCUCAAAAAAUGGAUUGGCCAUCCAAGAUUUGAGCUUAUUCGUCAUGAUGUCACAGAGCCAUUACUGAUAGAGGUUGAUCAGAUAUUUCAUCUUGCUUGCCCUGCUUCUCCAAUUUUCUACAAACAUAACCCUGUAAAGACAAUAAAGACAAAUGUGAUUGGCACACUGAAUAUGUUGGGACUUGCUAAGCGAGUUGGAGCCAGGAUUUUGCUGACAUCAACUUCAGAGGUGUAUGGAGAUCCCCUUGAGCAUCCACAAAAUGAGGAAUAUUGGGGCAAUGUCAACCCAAUUGGAGUUAGGAGUUGCUAUGAUGAGGGGAAGCGUGUAGCAGAGACUUUGAUGUUUGAUUAUCAUAGGCAGCAUGGCAUAGAAAUACGCAUUGCUAGGAUAUUCAAUACUUACGGCCCACGAAUGAAUAUUGACGACGGGCGUGUCGUUAGCAAUUUCAUUGCUCAAGCGCUCCGAGAUGAGCCGUUGACAGUCCAGUCUCCAGGAACACAAACCCGGAGUUUCUGUUAUGUUUCUGAUAUGGUUGAUGGCCUUAUUCGACUCAUGGAAGGGGAUAACACCGGUCCAAUUAACAUUGGAAAUCCUGGUGAAUUUACAAUGAUGGAACUUGCCGAAACAGUGAAGGAGCUGGUUAAUCCAUCAGUGUUGGUGAAGAUCGUGGAGAACACACCGGAUGACCCACGCCAAAGGAAGCCAGACAUCACAAGGGCGAAGAAAUUGCUAGGAUGGGAGCCGACGAUCACAUUGCGUGAGGGCCUUCCGCUAAUGGAAGAGGAUUUCCGACAGCGGCUCGGGGUCCCAAAGAAGUGAUAUGCCUGACUGAUCUUUUUGAAAAGAUCCAAAGGAUAGGACCGCCUUAGAUGCGGUGCUGCUGUAUGACCUUUUUCUUUAGGCCUUAUGCUUUAUUUAGUUUGUCACAAUGUUGAAUUUUUGAAGUGUUUUUUAGAUUAUUAUCUUAAGAGUGUUAGAAGGAUUUUCUUUAAUUAUUUCGUUGAAAUGAAUAAAAUUAGUAUUUU